CGGGCGGGGAAAAUGUGGGUGGCAGUGGCUCUGUGCCUCGUGUUCACGCUCGCGGCGGUCUGUGUCCGGCGCCGCCGCAGGAGAUUGCGUCGCCUGAUCGCCGAGAUGCCGGGACCAAAGGGACUCCCCGUCUUGGGGAUCGCCCUGGAAGCAAACCGCAACGUCGCCACCAUCAUGGACUUCAUGAAAGAACAACGAUCCAUUCACGGAGACACGAUCGCAGUGUGGUUGGGCCCCUGGGCGGUGGUGCUACUGACCGACCCGCGCGACAUGGAGAUAGUGCUGAACAAGACCGCGACUCUCUCCAAGUCGAUGUUGUACAAAGUCCCUCAACUCAUACUGGGAUACGGCUUGCUGACGGCUGCGAGAGACGACUGGAAAAGAUACCACAAAAUAACGACGCCCGCUUUUAAAAACGUAACGCUGCUGAGCUUCCUCCCAGCAUUCAACGAAAAGAGUCGUGUCCUUGUAGAUGUACUCAAAAGCCAUCAAGAUGGUUCUAGUUUCGAUGUUUUGACAUACAUGAAUAUGUGUACGCUAGACAUCAUCACCGACACCAGCUUAGGCGCAAACAUGGACAUCUUAAAAAAUAAUCGAGUGGAGUUAGUGGAAGGUUUAAAAAAUGCCGAAGAUAUGGUAUUUUAUGCAACGGCUCAACCAUGGUUAUGGAUCCCAUGGCUCAUGAAAACCACAUCGUCGUACAAGAAAAUGGUGAAUGGUAUGAAAGUUCUAUGGGAUUUCGCAGAAAAUAUUAUUGACCAAAAAUUAUCUAACGGCAUCACCGUGAAUGGAAUACGUGAUAAAGAAUGCGCGAAAGAAAGUGAUCAAUUGUUAGACAUAAAAUCUAAGCGUAUGGGUUUCUUAGAUCAUGUGGUUUCGCUUAUGAAAACUCAGUCUACUUUACUGACCAAAACUGAACUCAGAGACAACACCAUGACGGUUAUUGCUGGAGGGACUGACACCGCGGCAAGUGUCAUGUCAGCUGCUCUGAAACUACUGGGCCUUCACCAGGAUGUGCAGAGGAAAGUCGUGGAGGAACUUGAGCACAUAUUCGGCGAUGACAUCCACCGGGAGGUGACGGCUGAAGACUUGAAGAAGAUGGUGUACCUCGAGCAAGUGAUCAACGAGACCUUGAGACUGUACCCACCACUGCCAAUAGUUAGCAGAGUAGUCGAAGAGGAGGUGGACAUUACAGGUUACACUCUUCCAAAAGGCACCAUAGUACUGAUGUCGCCUUUUAUCACACAAAGAGACGCUUCUAACUUCCCUGAUCCGGACAAGUUCGAUCCCGAUCGCUUCAGCUCCGAGAACAGCAUUGGCCGGCACCCUUACAGCUUCAUCCCCUUCUUGGGAGGACGGAGGAUGUGCAUCGGGAAGAAGUACGCCUACAUGCAGAUGAAGACUAUCCUGUCCGCUGUGCUGCGCAACUUCCGAGUUCUGCCUUGCGGCUCCAGAGAAGACAUGGAGAAAGUGGAGUUUCGUUUGACCCUUCACAUGGUUACUGGUAACAACAUCAAACUUAUUAGAAGAUAGACUGCAAUUCUUUCUCAUGAUAUACUUCAUGUAAACAGAAAUGGUUUAGUUCAAUAUUUUUAACCACUUGUGUUGGGCAUUUAUAGACUACAUAUUCUAACAAUUCUUAAGUCAAGUUUUUUUUAUUUCAAAUUAUCAUUAGUUAUAAAAUUUAGCUUAUUUUAGCUAGCAAUAGGUAACAUGAUAUGUAAUGACUUAAAAAGGAAAUUCUAUUUCCUCUACAAAAUUUGGCUUAUUGCAGUCACGUUUAAAAAAAAAUUGAAUUUUUUUGCUUCAAUUAAUUAAACUUAUACGAUGAAUUGAGGGUGAAAACUUUUCAUAUUCGUUUUAAUUGUUAUAAUAUUUGCACAUUUUAAAAGAUUAUAUGUAUAUUUGUAACGGGUAUUUUAAUUUUAUUAGUAUAUUCUUAAACAAUACAAAAAUGUAUGUUUGUAGUAUUUUUUUAUUUAAUGUUUAUUUUAAAGGUUGAUACCUUAUAAUUUUAGUAUUCAUACAAAAUUAUAAAAGGAUUUUU